AUGAAGUUGAUCUACCUUCUACUGCUUCUAUUUCUCCCUAGGAUACGAUCCUAUGAUGUUCGAUCGGUUAGCACAUCUUGGGGAAUGGUGAGAGGCGAGGUAGUGAGCCCUGAAGGAGAAGAUCUUCCCCCUGUUGCUCAAUAUCUAGGCAUCCCAUAUGGUGUUGCUCCAACUGGACAGUAUCGCUUCAACAUGGCCAUAUCUGCCGCCAAAUGGACACACUUGCCCAAGGAUGCUCGGAAAGUGUCUCCAGUUUGCAUUCAAACCGACAUGCCAGAACUUAGUGAAACCAAAGCAUUCAAACAUACCUCUGCACAACGAUUUGACUUCAAUCAUCGAUUACUGCCAAAUUUGAAGAAGCAAUCUGAAGACUGUCUCUAUAUGAAUAUCUAUGUCCCAGAAAGGCUAGAAAGUUCUAGAGACAACUAUCUCCCAGUCAUGGUUGUAGUCCAUGGAGACGAGUAUGGAUGGGGAACGGGAAAUGCAUUCAACGGGACCACUCUGGCAGCAUACGGUCAUAUUAUUGUAGUCACUUUGAACUAUAGAUUGGGUGUUUUCGGGUUUUUGGGUCGGUGUGAAUCAUCGUCUUGUUCUGGUAAUAGUGGAAUUUCCGAUUUGGUCUCUGCAUUGACAAUGUUGAAUGUUAUCUUGCCGUCGUUUGGAGGGACUCAAAAUCGGUCACUUUGGCUGGUAAGUUGGGGCUCAGGCGCAUCCCUUGUCUCACUUCUUAUGGCCUCCCCGCUUACCCAACCAGGCCGCAGACUAUUCCGACGUGCAAUCCUCUUGGAUGGAAGUGCUUUAUCGCCUUGGGCAAUCUCCCAAAACCCACAACAGUAUUUUAUGCAACUCGCCGAGGAACUGGCGUGCGCUCCAAAAAACCGAUCCUCGUCGUUCAAUGAAAACGUGGACACAAUCCUCCGGUGCAUGCAAGUGCACUCGUCUGAGAAUAUCACAAAAGCCGUUCUCAAAAUCGAUGUUCCCACUUUUUUGUCGGGAUUUGCGCCGAUUGUUGAUGGACAGCUAAUACCUAACAAUCCUCAAGUAUCUUUCUCCACCCAAUAUGGUUCAUUAUUCCGCGAAAUUGAUCUACUGGUCGGAAUCAGUUCCAACCCUUCGCAUCACAUGAUUUCUAAUGAAGACCUGAAAGUUGGAAUAUCCAAAGAGAAACGGAUGAGAAUCUUCCGAUCUUUGGUCCGAAACUUGUACGAUUUCCAUCGGGAAGAAAUCUUGGCAUCAAUCAUAAAUGAGUAUACCGAUUGGGAAAAUCCAAGAGAUCACCCAAAAUCCAUCCGCAAUGGAGUCCUCAGCGCUUUGAGUGACGUACUUUACACCGCGCCUAUCAUCGAAACACUUCGGAGUCAUAGUCCGGAUGAAGUUCGCAAGGAGGCAAACACAUUCAUGUUCGCAUUCGCCCACGAAACGCGUUCAUGGAGUCAGGAGCAGCCGAAUAGUGGAAUCAGGGGAUCGCUUUCCGGUGAUAUCGUUCCAUAUGUUUUUGGGUAUCCAUUGGCUCAAGGGGAUAGUGAGGAACGGUUGUAUUCUGGAUUUAAUAGUGACGAUAAAGGAAUCUCGAAAGUUAUGAUGCAUUAUGUAUCGAAUUUUGUGAAAUCUGGCGAUCCAUCAAAACCGAAUCCAAUGUCGAAAAAUUUUCCAAUGGGAGACGUUUUCCACUCAACCGCUUGGCCACAAUUUGAUCAACCAAAUCGUGAAGCUUAUUUGGAAAUUACUGAUCGUCCACGUGUUAAGAACUACUACCGAAAUGCUCAAGUUGGAUUCUGGAACAAUUUCAUUCCACAAUUACACAGAAAAGGAAAGGAAACGGAGCCAGUUGGAGAAGAGCAUCAUUUGCUACAGGACCACUUUAGGAAAGAUAGCUAUUUCGGAAAAACACGACAUUUCUCAACAUUUGCUAAUAUGCCGUUCCCACCGCCACCAAUGCCACCAUCACCACCACCAGAGCUGACAACAAAGCCAAAAACCAGUGAAUCUCCAACCACACUACAAACUACAACUGAAGUUGAGCGGGUCCAAGCUGGCGGUUACGGAAGAGCACUGGCACUGGUGAUUCUCGUUGGAGUGGCUUUCCUGAUUAUCAACCUGUGCAUAUUAUUGGCAAUUCGUCGCGAGUGGGUGGGAAAGAAAAGGACCAAGAAGAAUUUCCAACUCCAGUACCAAACGUAUAAUUCGACUCACGGAGGACCAGGAGGAGCGGAACAAUAUAACAGUCUGAAUUCGCCGGAACCAUUACUAGCUGGAUCCCACAAAAACUCAAAUUCGAUGCGACCGCCGGGAAUAUCGCCGACGUGUCCACGUCACGGCCGUGCCGCACUUGCCAUGCAAAACAGCCGAGGUAACAGUUUGACUGCUGCACAAGCUCCGACACUGGAAGAGAUACAGGUCUAA